AUGAGUGAUUCCUGGGGCUCGGCCCAGUUCCCUCAUACCAUGAAGCUGGGCUCUCCAGUUGUGGACUUCCUCUGGUUUAUUCAUGUGCUGACACAAACUCCCCCUAAACCAAGGGCAAUGAUCUUUCCAAAUCGCCUUAGUCCACUCAUGCGAAAACACCUAGCUCUGAACGCACGUUCAUCCUUACCCAGGCUGCCUCGACCAAAGCCCGGUGAAUCCCGACCCCCAAGUGACAGGAGAAUCAUUGAAGGGGGAACGGUUAUCAUUCCUGGUGGUAGCGCAUUCCGCGAUCGCGCACCUCCUCGUAUGAGACCCCCAGUGCCUUUGCCACGGCUGGCCCCAAGCAGACCCCUGGACGCUGUGAUCCGUGAGGCAGUAGAAAACGUCAAGACCGAAGACGAGCUCAUGAUAAGCAGGUUACGACAGGGAAUCGACAGUCCCCUAGAGACGUCCAGUCACGUGGAACCCCUGUUGUUCUCGGAGAGCCCGCUGGAUGCUUCUACCGUUUCUAAAAACAGCAGAAUCAUUAACUGGAUUGCUAGACUGAUCAAAGGAAGUCGUGUCCCCCUUGCUCAAGUCUUAUCUCACCCCGAGGCUGCCAAAUUAGGCAUCAGCUGUCCCUACACCCGGCCUGUGUGUGACCGAAACGCCAAGUACAGGACGUUUGAUGGUACAUGCAAUAACCUGGGGAAUCCCCUUUUAGGAUCCGCCUUCACACCAUUCACGCGAGAGGUUGGCGCCGAGUAUACAACAGACCCGAUCACAAAGCGUGACGACCUGCCGAAGACACAGGGAGUUAGCGGACAGCUGAAGAGCCCCCGGGACAUCAGCCAGACGGUUCACCAAGGCCCCGAGUCCAAGAACGAAGACUCGAUCUGGUCCAUGGAGUUCAGUUUGUGGGGACAAUUCCUGUCCCACGAUAUUGCCGAUAGAGCUCCCAUUAAAGGAUACAACAAUUCUAUAUUGAAAUGCUGCGAGCAGUCACACCCAACGCCGAGGGAUGUGUGUGUUAACAUAGAGACUCAGCCAGGCGAUAUUUUCCGAAGGUUCAACAAUCCCUGUCUUGGUUUGUCAAGAUCGUUGGAAGUUACUGAUAUCAACUGCCGACUAGGAAAAAGAGAGCAGUUGAACCAAGCGUCAUCUUACGUGGAUGGUAGCGCCAUCUAUGGGAUAUCGGAAGCGCGAGCAAGACGUCUUCGUGCUGGCGUAAAAGGAGACGACAGAGCUAAUGUGUACGCUGGGCUGAUUGCCAUUGAGACGGUCUGGAUGAGGGAGCAUAAUAAGGUCGCCUCUGAGCUGGCGACCCUUAACCCAACAUGGAACGAUGAAAAACUGUUCCAAGAAACCAGACGGAUCAUCGUCGCUCUCGUUCAGCACAUCACCUACACGGAUUACCUGCAGGGCGUUGUUGGCAACGACAACAUGGUGGCGUUUGGUUUGAACCCAGAGAAGGACGGCUAUUUCACUGGUUACAAGAACGACGCCGAUCCGUCUCUGUCUAACGCUUUCGUCACUUCCGCCAUGCGAUUCGGCCACAGCAUGAUCAGAAACAGCUUCAGCAAAAGAGACCGGAAGUACGUCUCGGACGGAAGUCCGGCGCUGAACCUCAAGGACAUUUUCUUCCGUUCUUCUGUGUUCUUGAAAGAGGAAGAUCCGUUGAUGAGAGGCUUCGUGGCUGACGCCAGCACUAAGUGUGACCGCAUCAUGUCCGACAGCUUGGUCAACCAUCUCCACCAGACGACAGAAGGUAACGGCGGAGACUUGGCUGCUAUCAACAUUCAGAGGAACAGGGAGCACGGUAUACCAUCUUACAAUACCUACAGGCUACUGUACGGACUCACGCCAGCUAAACAGUUUGACACCUCUCCGACACGGGGUUUUAAGGACCAGACUGCCGAAACCGUCAACCUCUUCAAAUUGACAUACACGACGCCGGACGAUGUGGAGCUGUGGACAGCUGGCCUCUCUGAAGUGCCGGAAGCUCCGGACAUUGCCGUAGGACCUCUGUUUGCCAAGAUGAUCGCUAGACAGUUCAGGGAGCUUAAACGUGGGGAUAGGUUCUACUUCGAAACUAAUGACCCCCUGUUGAGAUUUACACCAGCUCAACUCAACGCCAUAAGAGAUGUCCGAUUUUCGAAAAUCCUUUGCAAUACGAUGUUGUUUGACACAAUACAGCCCAACGCCUUCUUGGUUGACACCGUGCCUGGCAAUUCACGUAUAUCCUGUUCGUUGUUAAAAGACCUGAAUCUCAUCCACUGGAAAGAGCAAUGA